AUGGCGCUAUCUGCACUGCUCGCGGCUUCGGGCCGGCGGGUUGCGGUCAUCGACGGCGGCUUGGCCACACACCUCGAGACCGGCCUCGGACAGGACAUCUCCUCGUCGCUUUGGAGCGCAGGCCUGCUGCAGGACGAUGCUAGCGGCUCGGAGGGAGAGGGCAGCGGCAAUGCUGCCAUCGUGCAGGCACACCUAGACUACCUGAACGCCGGCGCCGAACUGAUCGGCUCCUGCAACUACCAGACUGCGCAUCAGACCUUCGCACGCAUCGGGCUUGGAGCAGCCGAGGCAGAGCGGCUGAUGCUGCGUGCCAUCUCGCUGGCUGCACAGGCACGCACGCGCUUCCUUGACAGUGCUGCGGGCAAGGCACGCACAGCGGCUGGGCACAAGCGCCCUCUCAGUGCGCUGAGCCUUGGGCCGUACGGCGCCACACUGUCCAACGGCGCCGAGUACACGGGCGUGUACCCCUCUCCGGCCGAUACGGGCGCGGACAUGAGCAUGGAUGAGCUCGUGGCGUUCCACGUGCAGCGCUUGCGUCCAUUUGCAUCCAACACCGAGGCCUGGUCUGCCAUCGACGUGCUGGCGCUCGAGACGCUGCCUCGCGCGGACGAGGCACUUGCUUGCAGGCUGGCUCUGAAGCAGCUCGAGAACGAGUGUCUGGCGAAGGAUGCGGCAUGGCAGCGCAAGGAGCUGCUGAUCUCGUUCGUCUUUCCCGCCGGCGAGCAGCUGCCAUGGCCGAGCGCCAAGCGCUCGCUGGCGCAAGAGUGCGAGGCGCUACUCGAUGCCACGCUCGGUGCUGUGGGCGAGGCUGGCGCUCCACCCGGCGCAGCGGCCAUCGGCAUCAACUGCACGAAGCCUCACUUCCUCCAACCGCUCGUGGCCGCUCUGACGGAGGCAUUGUCGCGCCGUGCCCUCGCAGCGCAUCCGCACCUCUUCGUGAGCGCGGCGCCUGCUUUGCGGCUGAACGAGGCACUUACUUCUUCAUCUCAGCUCUACCCCGACGGCGGACAGGUCUGGGACGGCAUCAACAAGACAUGGAGCGCAGGGCCCGACGUGCCAGCCGAGCACGCCACGCCCGCAGGCUGGGCGCAGGCGCUGCUGACUUCGGCGCGCCCGGCGACCGAGAACGCUGCAUGGGGCGGCGUGUGGCUCGGCGGCUGCUGCAAGAGCGGCGACAAGGAGAUCGCAGAGCUCAGUCGCCUCGUGCUGGAGGAAAAGAAAUAGCAGUAUGUCACAAAGGU